ACCGCCCUAGGCGUGCACGAGAAAUCUGAAAUAUGGUUUUUCAGCUCUGCGUUGGAGACUAUGGCGAAAUUUUCCACACUUCAAGCUUUAUCUAGAGCUUCAAGAGAAUUUAAGUUACAACCACCGCACAUAGAGAGCAAUAUGCUUGUAUUACAAAAAGAUAAAUUUUCUAAAACGCUUGAUCUACUGGGCUUGAGUGUGCCAAAAGGGUUGUGUAAGAAAGUAAAGGAAAGAUAUAGCUCGUGCUUUUUAUCUUUACCUAGAGUAAAAUCAGUAGUCAGAGACCCUCAUGAUGCAAGCCGGCGUAUACUUUUGUUUACGCCGUUAUUAAAGGAAAAGAGCUUGAAUCAGUUACCCGAAGAAGUCGUUUCAGCUUUACUCCAGUUUGGUGACGUCGUGGAACAUUCCGUGUGUUUAACCUUUGAUUACUGGCAAUUGGAUCAAAUUUUUAAAGCAAUUUUACCGUUUAAUCCAGAACUCGUGACUCGCAGUUUUGAAACAGUAGGACACAUUGCUCACUUGAAUCUUCGUCCUUCUCAGGAAAAGUAUAAGUUUGUUAUUGCGCAGGUGUUUUUAGAAAAAAAUAGUAUUAUUAAGACCGUGGUGAACAAAUUAAAAGCAAUUAAUCACACUUUCCGGCAUUUUCAGAUGGAAUUACUUGCUGGAGAAAAUAAUUAUAUCACUGAAGUGCGUGAAAAUGGUAGUCGAUUUCGAUUUGAUUAUUCUCAAGUAUACUGGAAUUCCAGACUUCAGCAAGAGCAUCAGCGGAUUGUAAAUUUGUACGCGCCCUACAAAGAAAAAAGCUCCACCGAAGAUGGGCACGUCAUAUGCGACGUGAUGGCCGGUGUCGGGCCCUUCUCGCUACCUCUUGCUAAACGUGGCCUUUUUGUAUACUGCAACGAUCUCAAUCCUCAAUCUUACUUGUGGUUUUUAGAAAACAUUAAACUAAAUAAAAUUAAUAGCGAUAGAAUCAAGAUUUACAAUAAGGACGGCCGGCGAUUCCUCAAAGAUCUCGUGCAAAUUAUUGAUAAUGACUCCACUUUGCCGUGGUUUGACGUAGUUCUUAUGAAUCUUCCAGCGUCCGCAGUAGAAGUUUUAGAUGUCUUUAAUGGCUUGUAUCGGAAUAUUAAAAGGACUGCAGUAAUGCCGACUAUUCACUGCUAUUGCUUUCAUUUGGACAACGAGCCCGUCGAACAUCUAUUUCUUAAAGUAAAAAAACAUCUUGGCCCUACACUAAAAUUUGAUUCUGUUAAAUUUUUCCAGGUCCGGAAAGUUUCGCCGAAGAAAAGUAUGUAUUGCGUUAGUUUUAAGCUUCCAGAAGACAUCGGGUUUGGCUUCUUCACACCGGAUUAUUUUCAGCAGAAUUGCUUGCGUCACUACUUAAGUGAAAAUGAAGGGAACUGUGCAGAGAGACAAAAAAAAUUUAAAAAGUAG